CUAUUCUUUCUUUCAAUCUCUGUACAGAUCUAAGUAUCGUUCAACUCCUCUUGCUCUUCAGGAGAGCUUUCUUUUCAGGCAAUUGCUCAACUCUGUGAUGGGCACUAAGCAUAAUUCAUUGGCCAGCAGGACGCGAAGCCCUCUGUCUAUAUUCAUUGUGAUUGUUUUGUGCUGUUUCUUUUACAUACUGGGUGCAUGGCAGAAGAGUGGUUUUGGAAAAGGAGAUAGCAUAGCUUCAGAAAUAACCAAGCAAACAGACUGCAACAUCUUUACCAAUUUGAACUUUGAAACUCACCAUAAUGAUGUAGAGAUUGUUGAACCUUCUGAGUCGAAGAUCCAAGUGUUUAAACCUUGUGAUGUUAAAUACACUGAUUACACUCCUUGCCAAGAGCAAGACCGAGCCAUGAGAUUUCCAAGGGAGAACAUGAUAUACAGGGAAAGACAUUGUCCUCCUGAAGAGGAAAAAUUGCACUGCCUUAUUCCAGCACCCAAAGGGUAUAUGACCCCAUUUCCAUGGCCAAAGGGCCGUGACUAUGUACACUAUGCUAAUGUUCCACAUAAAAGCCUAACAGUUGAGAAGGCUGUUCAGAACUGGGUGCAGUUUCAGGGAAAUGUGUUCAAAUUUCCUGGUGGAGGAACAAUGUUUCCACAAGGUGCUGAUGCAUAUAUUGAUGAACUUGCGACAGUUAUCCCAAUUAAAGAUGGUUCGGUCAGAACAGCAUUGGACACUGGAUGUGGAGUUGCAAGCUGGGGUGCAUACCUGCUCAAAAGAAAUGUAUUGGCAAUGUCCUUUGCUCCACGGGACAAUCACGAAGCUCAGGUACAGUUUGCUUUAGAACGAGGUGUACCCGCUAUUAUUGGCGUUCUUGGAUCAAUACAUCUUCCAUACCCAUCAAGAGCCUUUGACAUGGCCCAGUGCUCUCGUUGUUUGAUACCAUGGACUGCAAACAAUGGUAUGUAUUUAAUGGAAGUUGAUCGAGUCCUCAGGCCUGGUGGAUAUUGGAUCUUGUCUGGACCUCCAAUAAAUUGGAAGACAUACUACAAAACCUGGAAGCGGUCCAAGGAAGAUCUCCAGGCUGAGCAAAGAAGUAUUGAAGAGCUGGCUGAAUCUCUUUGCUGGGAGAAAAAGUAUGAGAAGGGAGAUAUUGCUAUCUUUAGAAAGAAAGUAAAUGACAAAUCCUGCAAGAGGAAUUCUGCCAAUAUAUGUAAAUCAAGGGAUGCUGAUGAUGUCUGGUACAAGGAGAUGGAGGCGUGCACAACUCCUUUCCCUCAGGUAUCCAAUGAAAAAGAAGUAGCUGGUGGCGAAUUGCAGAAGUUCCCAGCAAGGCUUCUUGCAGUCCCUCCCCAAAUAGCUAAUGGAGAUGUAGAGGGAGUGACAGCUGAAUUUUACCAAGAGGAUAACAAACUAUGGAAGAAGCACGUAAAUGCUUACAAAAGGAUGAACAGAUUGAUUGGCACUGCGAGAUAUCGGAAUGUAAUGGACAUGAAUGCUGGGCUUGGGGGAUUUGCAGCAGCACUUGAAUCACCCAAAUCUUGGGUGAUGAAUGUUGUGCCUACAAAUGCUAAGAACACUCUAGGUGUUAUAUAUGAGCGGGGUCUGAUAGGCAUAUAUCAUGACUGGUGUGAAGGAUUCUCAACUUACCCAAGAACAUAUGACCUCAUUCAUGCUAAUGGUGUAUUUAGCUUGUACAAGAACACGUGUAAACCGGAAGACAUUCUUCUGGAAAUGGACCGCAUUUUGCGACCUGAAGGGGCAGUCAUCAUCCGUGAUGAAGUUGACGUCCUGAACAAGGUCAGGAAAAUCAUUGGAGGCAUGAGAUGGGAUUCCAAAUUGAUGGAUCACGAGGAUGGCCCCCUUGUGCCUGAGAAGAUAUUGAUUGCCGUCAAACAGUACUGGGUUGGGAGCACAGGAAACAGCACAUCCAGUGAUGAAUAAACCACUUCCUGGGCGGGCCAUGAAAAUUAAAUCAAGUUAAUGUCACCAAAUGGCGAUUGACUUUGUCUUGAAUUGGGGGGACUGAAGAGUUCUCAUCCUCACAAGUGGCAUUUGUAAGCUACUAAUGUUUUGUUUUUUGGUGGUGAGGAGCAUAUUCUCGCCAGUAUUCUUGAAUAUGACUGUAAUUUCCAUAGCCUCUGCUUGAAUAAUUAAUUAAGUUUCAAAGGAAUGUUAUAGUGAUGAAAAGAAAUACAUUCAUAAACAUCAUUAUGUACUCAAAUGAUUACAUAGUGAAUAUUUAGUUUUUGUUGUUUUUC